UUGUCCCCAAAUAUUUUGAAAUCCUUUUUCAUGUUUCCUAGUUCUGUGGUUCUCUACUUUUUCCUUUCCCUUAAUAACCUGCCUUUCUUUGAAACAAAUCUACUUUAUCUGGAUUUAUCAGAGCAUUCACCACAUUUUACCCCAUAAAGUUGCCAUUUCCAUCCUUGCUAGCUCUCACUCAAUGAAGGGACUGAGUGAGCAGCUAAAAGUCUCAGUAUGGAAGUAUUUGUGUUUGUUUAUAUGGUAUCUAAACUACAGGAAGAACUUCUUGGAGUUUUGCAAUACAGAAGCAUUGUCAUCCUCUCAAAAUAAAACACUGAUUGUUUUGGGGGAAGUAGCUGGAUCUCAUUUUAAAAGAAAUUUCUGGAGGUAUCAUACCAGAGGAGUGGAACACAUGGAAGACCAGACGAAAGUCUUUGGAAGCAAUCUUGAUGAUCCUGAAAGAAAUUACCAGAAUGUUCUACGUCCAAACAGAACAAAAGCAAAGAAAGCAAAGUCAGGGGUGCCUUCAUUUGGGAUUACCAGUCAUACAAGUUGCAACUCUUCGAGAGCAUCUAAGAUCAUCCUUUACAUCUUGGUGUGUGUAUCCCUGUUGAUGGCAACAGCUGCUUUUCUGCUGGCUUGUUUGAAAUUUAUCCCUCAGUGUCCAAAAGGCUGGCUGAAGUUUCAGACAAAUUGCUACUACUACUCUGCUGAUCAGCAACCUUGGGAGAUGGCAAUGCGUAGUUGCCAAAGCCUCAAAGCUCACCUGGUAGUGAUUGAUGAUAAAAAUGACAUGGAUAAACAGGAAUUUCUGGACCGUCUAAAAAAUUCUAGCUAUUGGAUUGGCCUUAGGAGGUAUCCUAAAGACAAGUGGAUGUGGAUAAAUGGCAGACCCUUUCCAGAGUUGACUCAAUCUGUUGAAAACAAUGAAAAAGAAAACUGUAUGUAUAAUCUUUGGAAAGAUUCCAAAAGUAGGAAAAAGAAAAUUGCUUGUACAGAAUAUUUACCUUAUAUCUGUGAAAAAGAACAAACAUAAAAACUUGCAAUUUUAUAAACUUUACAUUUUCUUCUUUGAAAAAUCAUGUACUUCAUUUGUUUGAUGGGUUCUAUCUAAUUUCUUAUGGAGUUACAAUUUUUAAAAUGCUGCAAUAAUCAGAGUAAGACAUUCCAAUUAGGAGAUGCUGCUGCCUAACAAACACAAUUUGCCUUUUUUUUGUUUUUAUUACAUUGAAACAAGAUAAGGAUAAAAAAGAUGAUAAGGUGGAGCAUAUUUUAAAUAUUUUUAAGGAGAGUUGUAAUUUUAAGCAAGAAGAAACACCCAUAUUCAAUCAUUCUAACUUGAAAAACAGUUGCAUAAAGUUAAUAUGUGACUUAAAAUGUUAAUGUAGCAAACAAAGAAUUUUUA